GCUGCCCAGACUCGGGAGGCUGCGGCGGGACGCGGGGCGUCAUGGCGGCCUCGGAGCGCCGCGCCUUCGCUCACAAGAUCAACAGGACUGUGGCUGCUGAGGUCCGGAAGCAGGUGUCCCGGGAACGCAGUGGCUCGCCCCACUCCAGCCGUCGCUCCAGUAGUUCCCUGGGGGUCCCUCUGACGGAGGUCAUCGAACCCCUGGACUUCGAGGAUGUGCUUCUGAGCCGGCCACCUGAAGUAGAGCCCGGUCCCCUCAGGGACUUGAUAGAGUUUCCAGUUGAUGACUUAGAACUACUGAAGCAGCCCCGAGAAUGCCGGACCACAGAGUCUGGGGUGCCAGAGGAUGGAAAGUUGGAUGCCCAGGUGAGGGCUGCGGUGGAGAUGUACUCAGAGGACUGGGUCAUUGUACGCAGAAGGUACCAGCACCUGAGUACAGCAUACAGCCCCAUCACUACAGAGACACAGCGAGAACGGCAGAAAGGCCUCACCUGCCAAGUCUUCGAGCAGGAUACCCCUGGGGAUGAGAGGACAGGUCCUGAGGAUGUGGAUGACCCCCAGCACUGUUCGGGCUCCCCAGAGGACACCCCUCGAAGCAGUGGCGCCUCAGGCAUCUUCAGCCUGAGGAACCUGGCAGCGGACUCUCUGCUGCCCACACUGCUGGAGCAGGCGGCCCCCGAGGAUGUGGACCGGCGCAAUGAAGCCCUCAGGCGGCAGCACCGGGCCCCCACCCUGCUCACCUUGUACCCGGCACCUGAUGAGGAUGAAGCUGUAGAACGCUGCAGCCGCCCUGAGCCACCCCGAGAGCACUUUGGACAGAGGAUACUGGUGAAGUGCCUGUCACUCAAGUUUGAGAUUGAAAUUGAACCCAUCUUCGGCACCUUGGCCCUGUAUGAUGUGCGGGAGAAGAAGAAGAUUUCAGAAAACUUCUACUUUGACCUAAACUCGGACUCCGUUAAGGGGCUGCUCCGGGCCCAUGGCACCCACCCAGCCAUCUCCACCUUGGCACGCUCCGCCAUCUUCUCCGUGACCUACCCAUCUCCUGACAUCUUCCUGGUUGUCAAGCUGGAAAAGGUGCUGCAGCAGGGGGACAUCAGUGAGUGCUGCGAACCCUACAUGGUGAUGAAGGAGGCAGACACAGCGAAGAACAAAGAGAAGCUGGAGAAGCUGCGCCUGGCUGCCGAGCAAUUCUGCACCAGGCUGGGCCGCUACCGCAUGCCCUUCGCCUGGACGGCUGUGCACCUGGCCAAUAUCGUGAGCAGGCCCCUGGACCGGGAUUCCGACUCUGAGGGCGAACGCAGACCCACCUGGGCCGAACGCCGCCGUCGGGGGCCCCAGGAUCGAGGCUAUAGUGGGGAUGAUGCCUGCAGCUUCUCUAGCUUCCGCCCGGCCACAUUAACUGUCACCAACUUUUUUAAACAGGAGGCAGAACGGCUCAGCGAUGAAGACCUUUUCAAGUUUCUGGCCGACAUGCGGCGACCAUCCUCCCUGCUGAGGCGAUUGCGCCCUGUGACUGCUCAGCUCAAGAUUGACAUCUCCCCCGCCCCCGAGAACCUGCACUUCUGCCUGUCCCCGGAGUUACUUCAUGUCAAGCCCUACCCUGACCCCAGGGGACGGCCCACCAAGGAGAUCCUGGAGUUCCCUGCCCGCGAGGUCUACGCCCCCCAUUCCUGUUACAGGAACCUGCUCUUUGUGUACCCACACAGCCUCAAUUUCAGCAGUCGCCAGGGCUCUGUGCGCAACCUGGCUGUGCGGAUCCAGUACAUGGCCGGCGAAGACCAGAGCCAGGCCUUGCCGGUCAUCUUUGGGAAAUCUAGCUGCAGCGAAUUCACCCGAGAGGCCUUCACACCAGUGGUCUAUCAUAACAAGUCUCCUGAAUUCUACGAGGAAUUCAAGCUACGACUUCCUGCCUGCGUGACCGAGAACCAUCACCUCUUUUUUACCUUCUACCAUGUCAGCUGCCAGCCCCGGCCAGGAACAGCCUUGGAGACGCCUGUGGGCUUCACUUGGAUCCCUCUGUUACAACAUGGCCGCCUGAGGACUGGUCCCUUCUGCCUGCCCGUGUCCGUGGACCAGCCUCCACCCAGCUACUCAGUCCUGACCCCAGAUGUAGCGCUGCCUGGCAUGCGCUGGGUGGACGGCCACAAAGGCGUGUUCAGUGUGGAGCUCACCGCCGUGUCGUCCGUGCACCCUCAGGACCCCCACUUGGAUAAGUUCUUCACGUUGGUACAUGUUCUAGAGGAAGGGAUCUUUCCGUUCCGGCUCAAGGAGACAGUGCUGAGCGAAGGCACUAUGGAGCAGGAGUUGCGAGCCAGCCUGGCAGCCUUGCGCCUUGCCAGCCCAGAGCCCCUAGUAGCCUUUUCCCACCUCGUGCUAGACAAGCUUGUCCGCUUGGUUGUGCGGCCACCCAUCAUUUGUGGCCAGAUGGUGAACCUGGGUCGAGGGGCCUUUGAAGCUAUGGCUCAUGUAGCCAGCCUUGUGCACCGGAACCUGGAGGCCGUCCAAGAUUCCCGUGGCCACUGCCCACUGCUGGCCUCCUAUGUCCACUACGCCUUUCGCCUCCCUGGUGGCGACCUCAGCCUGCCAGGAGAAGCCCCUCCUGCAACUGUGCAGGCUGCCACAUUGGCCCGAGGCUCCGGUCGCCCCGCCAGCCUGUACCUGGCACGGUCUAAGAGUAUCAGCAGCAGCAACCCUGACCUGGCCGUGGUCCCUGGCUCUGUGGAUGAUGAGGUGUCCCGCAUCCUAGCCAGCAAGGGUGUCGAUCGCUCACACUCCUGGGUGAAUUCUGCUUAUGCUCCGGGAGGCAGCAAGGCUGUGCUGCGGCGGGUGCCCCCAUACUGUGGGGCUGAUCCCAGACAGGCCAUCGACCGCAACUCUAGCCGGGCCUCCUCUUACCUCGAGGCCUCAUCCUCGGCCCUGCCAGCCCCUCAGCCGAGACACACUGUGCAGAAGCUGCUGCACGAGGAGCUGGCUCUGCAGUGGGUGGUGAGCGGCAGUGCGGUGCGUGAGCUAGUCCUACAGCAUGCCUGGUUCUUCUUCCAGCUUAUGGUAAAAAGCAUGGAGCUCCACCUGCUCCUGGGCCAGCGACUGGACACUCCCCGCAAGCUGCGCUUCCCUGGGCGCUUCCUGGACGACAUCGCCGCCCUGGUGGCUUCCGUGGGCCUGGAAGUCAUCACUCGAGUCCAUAAGGACAUGAAGCUAGCUGAACGCCUCAACGCUAGCCUGGCCUUCUUCCUCAGUGACCUCCUGUCCAUAGCAGACCGAGGCUACAUUUUCAGCCUGGUACGCGCUCACUACAAGCAGGUGGCCACUCGGCUCCAGUCUGCCCCCAACCCAACUGCACUACUCACACUACGAAUGGACUUCACCCGCAUCCUGUGUAGCCACGAGCACUAUGUGACCCUUAACCUCCCCUGUUGCCCCCUGUCGCCCCCAGCAUCCCCGUCCCCCUCGGUGUCCUCCACUACCUCCCAGAGCUCCACCUUCUCCAGCCAGGCCCCCGACCCGAAGGUGACCAGCAUGUUCGAGCUGAGCGGGCCCUUCAGGCAGCAGCACUUCUUGUCUGGACUACUGCUGACAGAGCUGGCCCUGGCCCUGGAUCCGGAAGCUGAGGGGGCAUCCCUUUUGCACAAGAAGGCUAUUAGUGCCGUGCACAGCCUGCUGUGCAGCCACGAUGUUGACUCCCGCUACGCAGAAGCUACCGUGAAGGCCAAGGUGGCCGAGCUGUACCUGCCCCUCCUCUCCCUUGCAAGGGACACACUGCCACAGCUGCAUGGCUUUGCCGAGGGCUCAGGGCAGCGGUCAAGACUGGCUUCCAUGCUGGACUCAGACACAGAAGGUGAAGGGGACAUCGGAAGCACCAUCAACCCAUCUGUGGCCAUGGCCAUCGCUGGGGGUCCCCUGGCUCCUGGCUCUCGCACCAGCAUUUCCCAGGGACCUUCAACAGCAGCUCGCUCAGGCUGUCCUCUCUCUGCUGAAUCCAGCCGGACCUUGCUCGUGUGUGUCCUGUGGGUCUUGAAGAAUGCAGAGCCGGCGCUCCUGCAGCGCUGGGCUGCUGACCUGGCCCUGCCCCAGCUGGGGCGACUCCUUGACCUACUCUACCUCUGUCUGGCUGCCUUCGAGUACAAGGGGAAGAAAGCCUUUGAGCGGAUCAACAGCCUCACGUUCAAGAAGUCUCUGGACAUGAAAGCCCGGCUGGAGGAGGCCAUCCUGGGCACCAUUGGGGCACGGCAGGAGAUGGUGCGGCGGAGUCGGGAGAGAAGUCCAUUUGGAAACCAAGAGAAUGUUCGCUGGCGUAAGAGUGCCACACACUGGAGACAGACCUCAGACCGUGUGGACAAGACCAAGGAUGAAAUGGAACAUGAAGCUCUGGUGGACGGAAACCUGGCGACAGAGGCCAGCCUGGUGGUUCUGGACAUGCUGGAGAUCGUCGUGCAGACAGUGAUGCUGUCCGAGGCCCGUGAGAGCAUCCUGAGUGCCGUGCUGAAAGUCGUCCUCUACAGUCUUGGGAGCGCCCAGAGUGCCCUGUUCCUGCAGCACGGCCUGGCCACCCAGCGGUCCCUGGUCUCCAAGUUUCCGGAGCUGCUUUUCGAGGAAGACACGGAGCUUUGUGCUGACCUGUGCCUGAGGCUUCUGCGACACUGUGGCAGCCGCAUCAGCACCAUCCGCACGCAUGCCAGCGCCUCGCUCUACCUGCUUAUGCGCCAGAACUUCGAGAUUGGCCAUAACUUUGCCCGUGUGAAGAUGCUGGUGACCAUGUCUCUGUCGUCCCUUGUGGGGACCACUCAGAACUUUAGUGAAGAGCAUUUGAGAAAGUCCCUCAAGACCAUCCUGACGUACGCAGAGGAGGACAUAGGGCUGAAGGACAGCACCUUUGCUGAGCAGGUCCAGGACCUCAUGUUCAACCUGCACAUGAUCCUGACAGACACGGUGAAGAUGAAGGAACACCAGGAGGACCCCGAGAUGCUCAUGGACCUCAUGUACAGGGCUCCACCCUGCGGCAAGAGCUUGUGGCCCCCUGAAGCCACUCACCUCAUGCCUUACUCUAGCUCUGAGGCCAGCCUCUGGCCUCACUGCCAGCUUCUUGGACAGUUGAUGUUUCUGGGAAUGCUGUCUUGGCCAGUUAAGACAAGAGUUGGGGUCAGCCCAGUGGAGCACCAGGGUGGUCUGUAUGAAGCGGUGAACGAAGUCUACAAAAACCUUAUCCCCAUCCUUGAAGCCCACAGAGACUACAAGAAGCUGGCCGCAGUGCACGGGAAACUGCAGGAGGCCUUCACCAAGAUUAUGCACCAGAGCUCUGGCUGGGAGCGUGUAUUUGGGACGUAUUUCCGAGUGGGCUUCUAUGGCACACGAUUUGGUGACCUGGAUGAACAAGAGUUUGUGUACAAGGAACCGUCAAUCACGAAGCUUGCAGAGAUCUCACACCGGCUGGAGGAGUUCUAUACGGAAAGGUUCGGGGAUGAUGUGGUAGAGAUCAUCAAAGAUUCUAACCCAGUGGACAAGUCCAAGCUGGACCCACAAAAGGCGUACAUCCAGAUAACCUAUGUGGAGCCGCAUUUUGACACUUACGAGCUCAAGGAUCGGGUGACCUACUUCGACCGGAACUAUGGCCUGCGGGCCUUCCUCUUCUGCACACCCUUCACGCCAGAUGGACGUGCGCACGGAGAGUUGGCCGAACAGCACAAACGCAAGACGCUGCUGAGCACGGAGCAUGCCUUUCCCUACAUCAAGACACGCAUCCGAGUGUGCCACCGUGAGGAGACAGUGCUGACACCAGUGGAGGUGGCCAUUGAGGACAUGCAGAAGAAGACCCGGGAGCUGGCCUUUGCCACCGAGCAGGACCCUCCAGAUGCUAAGAUGCUGCAGAUGGUUCUCCAGGGCUCUGUGGGACCCACUGUGAACCAGGGUCCCUUGGAAGUGGCCCAGGUGUUUUUGUCAGAGAUCCCAGAAGAUCCCAAGCUCUUCCGACAUCACAACAAACUCCGGCUCUGCUUCAAGGAUUUCUGCAAAAAGUGUGAGGAUGCACUGAGAAAGAACAAGGCCCUGAUUGGCCCAGACCAGAAGGAGUACCACCGGGAGUUGGAACGUCACUAUAGCCGCCUGCGGGAGGCACUACAGCCUCUGCUUACCCAACGUCUGCCCCAGCUGCUGGCACCAAGUUCCACCAGCCUCAGGAACUCCAUGAACAGAUCGAGUUUCAGGAAGGCUGACCUCUGACAAGGCUAAGAGCCACACCCAGAAGACCAGCACCCACACCUCAGCUGUCUGUGCCUUUCUGAAGUUGUAGCUGCCCCGAGUCAAAGUCCUAGGAGAUGAGCCCACUGUCUGCACUGAUGGAUUCUAAAUUUUGUUUUUGUUUGUUUUUAAUUUAAAGUGAGUUUUAUAUACAACCUGUGUGGUGUGCUGGCAGUUAACAUGGCCCCUGCCCUGGGGGCAGUGACAUUCAUUCAGUGGGAGAAGAGAACACACAUGGCCAUGGGAAAGAGUGUUUCGUGUGUGCGAGGUCACGUGUGUCCAUCUGUGGUGAGGGUUUGCGUGUGCAAGCGUGUGAUGUAUGUGUAUUCCCCAGUCUCUCCACAUUUUGUUUUGUGUUUACUUUGCUUCCUAGCCUGGCCUUGA